AUGCCACAGCAAUUCAUACUAGAACUUGAUCUGUUUGAUGUAUGGGGAAUUGACUUCAUGGGUCCCUUCCCCACCUCGUACUCAAAUAAGUACAUUCUAGUGGCAAUGGAAUAUGUGUCUAAGUGGGUGGAGGCCAUUGCAACCCCAACAAAUGACAAUGGGGUGGUCAUGAGCUUCCUUAAGCGCAACAUCUUCAACCGCUUUGGAGUUUCCCGAGCCCUUAUUAGUGAUGGAGGAAGCCAUGUCUGCAACAGAUCCUUGGAAGCCCUACUCUUGAGAUAUGGAGUGAAACAUAAGGUUGCAACACCUUAUCACCCUCAAACAAAUGGGCAGAUAGAGGUAUACAACAAAAAGCUAAAGCAGAUUCUAGAGAAAACUGUGGGAGCUUCAAGAAAGGGCUGGUCAAAGAGGUUGGACGAUACUCUUUGGGCAUAUAGGACAUCCUUUAAAACACCAAUAGGGAUGACCCUAUACCAGCUGGGGUAUGGGAAGGCAUGUCACUUACCCCUUGAUCUUGAACACAAAGCCUUUUGGGCACUCAAGCUACUAAACUUUGAUAACAAUGCUGCUAGGGAGAAAAGGAUCUUGCAACUACAAGAAUUAGAAGAGCUCCGAUCUCAAGCAUAUGAAAAUGUCAAAAUAUACAAGGAAAAAGCUAAGAGGUGGCAUGAUCAAAAGAUAGCAAGAAGAGAGUUUGUAGAAGGUCAAAAGGUGCUACUAUACAACUCAAGACUCAAAUUCUUCCCAGAAAAACUCAAGUCUAGAUGGUUAGGACCCUUUACCAUCCUUAAAGUAUCCCCUUAUGGUCAUGUGGAGCUCAUGGAGGACAAAACACAAAGAACUUUUUUUGUGAAUGGCCAUAGACUCAAGCACUGCUUGGGAGGUUCUUUGGAGGAGCAGAGAGUGAGCUACAGCCUCAACUAA